AUGACUCGGCGCCUUCUUCUCCAUCGCAUCGCCUCCACUCCACCGGCGGAAUUACGUUCUUCAGACUUCAAUACUCGAUCGAAUGAAAUAAAGAAGCUUACUGAAAAAUUGACGCCUUUCCCUUGCCCUGGACGCAGCUCUCCAGAAACUUCAAUCGAUCCAAGGAACGUUUCCUUACUUCCACCAUUGGUCCUCUCCAGAAACUUCAAUACUCGUCCUCGCUAUCGCUUUUAUCAAUCAUCUUCAUCCUCUUUCGCAUCUCCGGCGCCACCCUCUCACACCUCCGGCGCCAUCGUCGCACAGCAGAGGUCGCUUCAGACAUUUCAACAAACACUUGGUGGGCAAAUGUCGAAAGGGCUUAUCUGGGCAACUGCAGAUGAUCUGGCAAGAAACAGGGGAAAGGUUCUUUCUCUGUAUAGGCAAAUACUCAGAAGCUUAAAUUCACCUGAUUUGCCAUUAAAUUUAGCAGCAAGAUUGCACAGGAAAGCACAGGCACGUGCCAUUUUCAUGUUGGCUGCUGAAGAACGAUCCAUACACAACAUUAAAGAUCUGUUUGAUAUAGCUGAAUAUUCUUUAUCUCUCUUGAGAAAAGGAGAAAUCCCUAAAUAUAUUCAGUGACAAAUUUAUAAAUCAUAAUAAAAAAGUAUGUAGGAAGGGAUAGUAUUGUAAUUUUAACAAGGCAUUUGGUUUCUUCUCUUAACUAAAAACCAUCAACUUUAGUAGAAAAGUGAUACGAGGCGAGUAAUGAUUUAAGGGGGGUUUCUUUUUAUAAAUUUGUCAAGACAUUAAUUUAUAUGAAAUCUUAUCAAACUCCUUGCUACUUUCCUGUC